AUGUCAAUCAUAAAUUAAGAGCUUUUACAAAAAGCUAUACAGCUAAUAAACAGUUAACCCUCCAUUUAUCAGCAAUUGAAUACAACUGAACUUGAUAAGGGGAUAGAUCUCAUUGAUAUCUAUUCUGUUUAUGGAGAUGUAGAUUAAAAUAUAUAUGAAGAACCAGGCGAAAUUCAGUUCAAUUUUGAAAUGGAAUAAGAGUAGCCAUAUGAAGAAGUCAAGGAAAGCAUUCCUCCAUAGAAUCUAAAAAAAUCACAAAUCACUUUGGAUUACAUAAAGAAUUAUGAUAAAUGCGAUUAAGUAUAUAGAACAAUAGCAGAAACGUAAGGUGAACUUGAGGUAUUUCUGGAUCGGAAUCAAGAUAUCUACCGGUCUUUUAAAAUCUGGAGCGAUUAAUUAAAUUAUGGAGAGCUAUAUUCAAAGGACCCAAAGUACAUUGAGAAAAUUAAAUUUACAUUGAUACUUUUAUCCGAAUGGUUGAUUGCUGUGUGUUAUAAGUCAUAAGUGAAAAAGAGGAUUUUAAUAUAAACUUAAACUUAACCAAGAGUAUAAUAUAAAGCCAAUAUUUUCUUGGAAUAUAUUUAUGAGCCUAAGAAAUCGAAUGAAAGCAGAAGAACAAGUGAAGUGAGACGAUAAACAGUGCACGAAAUUUUACUAGCCGCAACUCCAGAUAUGGCAUAUGUUCUGUCUGAAGGGUUUAUAAUUUAGAAAUUAACUAAUUAAUUGAUUGCUCCUAUUCAAGGAGGCUAUUGUAAAAUAAAAGAUUGGCUCAUAGCAGUUAGGGGAGUCACAAAUCUAAAUAUGAAGGAAUUUUAAGAAUUGCUUAAAAUUAGUCGAGAAUAUUUUUCUGAACAGAGUACUAUUUGA